CUUGUCGGUGGGUAGCGAAGGCACGAGUGAAUGUCGUGCGUCAAUACGCGGCCUUCUUGUUCGGUGCAAGUGGUACCAUGGUUCAGUUUGAUGAAGGAAUUCGGUACAUGUGUCUGGAUUUUCUACUGAUAUUGUGCCAAGUGUAGCAUGUUCGUGGGAAAUGAAAAAAAGAAAAAAUAGAAGAGUACGCAGUGUAUGUUGUUAUUAGUAACGUCUAGUAAUAGAAUUUCUCGAGUAAUAUAGCAAACUUGGGCUAUAGUGAAGAAAUAACAAAGAGAAACGCUUGUCGAACAUACACUUUUUGGAGUAACGCGGGUUGAGCUUGGACAUUAGACAGAUACGAAAAGCACAACUAAAAGGACAACAUUGUUUAAGAUACGAUUUUUAUAGAAACUGAUUUGUACAGUUUUCGGUAACUUUUAGUGUAUUGUAAAGUAUGGAAUUACCAGCGUAAUUUUGAUUUUUUUCGCAUGGGAUAUUUGUUUUAUAAGGCAAACAACGAAGGGGUAUUCUUUCAGGUUUUUCUCAGAUGGUACUUCAAAACAAACAGGUGAUAUCAAGUAGUUGGUAUUCUUAAUACAAGUAGUGGACACAUUUGUGCAGCACUGAUAAACAUGCUUACACUUUCUUUAAGUCUCGCUUUGAGCGCGUGGCUAUGUUUCUGCUCAGGUCACGUGCAGGUUUCACCUGUAAGUACAAGCAGACAACGUUUGCAGAAUCUACUAAACCAGUCGCCUUACUCAGGUUAUUCAACCUCGGGAAAGAAGGGACGCCUUGAAAGCCAAAAAGAUAGCGACUAUGGAGAGUUUCUUGAAAGAAGUGGACCCGAACCAACAAGUUCUUAUCAACAGUUCUAUCGAACUUAUUAUGGUACUCCAGAAGGAAUCGAAAAUAUGAAGAAAACUUAUGGACCAACUGGACUUAGGAAAGCUCUAGUUGCGCAUAACAUACAAGAGAAGCUUGAAGAGGUCCGCCAAGCAAAUGACCACUUCCUGAAGAUUAGGAAGAUGGCUACUUGCAAGACCCCCAGCCCUCAAGUGAUUCGGGUGAAAGAUUACUUUCCUGAUUCUUCCAAGCAGUACGUUCCUCGCUGCACCAUACUUCAUCGCUGCUCAGACCAGAGUGGCUGUUGUGAUGAUGAGCAACAUAAGUGUGGUCCUCUACGAGUGCAGGAAGUUACCUUGCACUUUUAUACUCUACAUCUUAAAAAUCGUGACCUGCAGAUAGGCAUUGAGAACGCCGUAGAAAAACUCUUAUUUAUUAACCACACCGAAUGCGAAUGUCAACCAAUAAACAAUCAACCCCGACUAAAGGAAGAUCAUCGAUUUGCAUCAAAUAACAGUCACGAACGAAAACUCUCUGAUGUGCAAAGUUCAAAGUGUCAGGAAUGUCCUGUUCCAUUCAACAAACGAGAGUAUCCUGAUGGGAGAUGUAGCUGUGACUGUUUUGACCACCAAAAAACCUGUUUAAGAAUCAAGAGAGGGCGAGACCCACUUGUUGACGUCGAAAAACGGUGUGUGUUGGCGGGUUAUUGUCACAUGCCUGACUGUGAAUAUGGACCUUACGAUCCCAUCCAAGGAAUAUGUCCUAAACGUCCUGAAAAUUAUGCACGGAAGAAUCACAAAAAACGGAGUCAUAGUAGUCAUUAUCACAGAUGGGCUUUUUUUGAACGAGAUUAGCAUAUUUUGAGUUGUGAAAUUCACAUCUUCCUAGUCUAUACGAAACCCUAUAAAUCUAUGACUUCACCCAUACGCUGGACGUUUUUCUGAGGCUCAUCCAAUCAUAACCCCUUUUUUCACAAUAAACCACCACUGGUGAUGCAGAAGUACCUUUGAAAGAAUAUGGUAUUCUAAAACAUUCUAUGUUCAAUAAGUGUUUCAAGUAGAAAUAGAUAGAGAUAUAUAUUUACAUACUCACUCAUGAUUGCUUGCCUGGUUGCAAGUAUAUAUGUGUUUAAGUUUACAGUUGGCUUAAGUUAAUAGUUAUAUUUUCUGUUACUUACUCUAUGUGGUGACGUAUGAUUAUGUUUUCUUUACAUUUCACGUUAUAUUAACUGAUUUCACAUCUUACUCUUGCUAGAUAGAAUAUGGUAUUUUUUACUUAAGAAACACAAACAAAUCUUAUGUAUAUAACGUAUCUGGGCGUUUCAAAAUUAUUCAAAUUUCGACAAAGCAGUUUUGAAACUUAAGUUUUAUAUACAUAUUUGCCUUAAGUUGCCAAACAUAUGCUAUGUGGUUUACAGAAAGAGAAAGGUAUCACAAAUUGUAAAAUGUUUCUGUGCCUCACGAAACAAUCUAAACUAAUAUAAUAUAAGAGUAUUGAAUAGUUAGUACAUUCAUGA